AUGUUUACAUACACAACCCUUAGUCAACCUCAGUUAGCCAAACAAUCUACAGUUGAUUUGGAUCUCAGUAAAUUAUCGCCAUUGACACCUGAAGUUAUUAGUCGACAAGCAACAAUCAAUAUUGGCACAAUUGGUCAUGUCGCACAUGGAAAAUCAACAGUCGUUAAGUCGUUAUCUGGUGUAUCAACAAUUCGAUUUGAAAAAGAAAAGAAAGAAAACAAGACCAUCAACUUAGGUUAUGCAAAUGCAAAAAUAUUUGAAUGUGACAAUGCAAAAUGUCCUCGCCCAGAGCGCUUUCGUUCGGCUGGUUCAAGCAAACAAGAUGUUUUUCCCUGUGAUCGCAAUGGUUGCGGUGGUCAAUUUCGACUUGUCCGACACGUCUCGUUCGUCGACUGUCCUGGCCACGACGUUUAUAUGGCCACUAUGUUGAACGGUGCUGCUAUUAUGGAUGCCGCUCUUUUACUUGUUGCUGCGAAUGAAACUUGUCCGCAACCGCAAACAUCCGAACAUGUCGCAGCUAUUGGUAUUAUGAAACUGAAUUCAAUAAUGAUCUUACAAAAUAAAAUCGAUCUUGUAAGAGAAUCUCAAGCAAGAGAACAAUAUCAACAAAUUAUUAAUUUUAUAAAAGGUACAAAUGCUGAAGAUGCUCCAGUUAUCCCAAUCAGCGCACAACAGAAAAUCAAUACGGAUAUUAUUUGCGAAUAUAUUACAAAAAAGAUUCCAAUACCGCUACGAGAUUUUUCAUCAAAACCACGAUUGAUUGUUAUUCGUUCAUUUGAUGUUAAUAAACCCGGGGCCGAAGUUAACAACCUAAAGGGUGGUGUUGUCGGUGGUAGUAUUCUUAAAGGUGUUCUCAAAGUUGGUCAAGACGUUGAAGUACGACCCGGUAUUGUUUCUAGGGAUAAUGAAGGCCACCUUCGAUGCCGUCCGCUUCGUUCGAAAAUCGUUUCACUCUAUGCUGAACAAAACGAACUUGCCUUCGCUGUACCUGGUGGAUUGAUUGGUGUUGGAACAAAAAUUGAUCCAACGCUGUGCCGUGCCGAUCGUCUUGUUGGACAAGUGCUUGGCGAAGUUGGAACAUUGCCAGAAAUUUAUACAGAAAUCCAGAUAGCUUAUUUUCUUCUUCGACGUUUGGUUGGUGUGAGAGCUGGAGGCAACGGAGGAGAUCCCAGGGUUGCUAAAUUGACAAAAGGUGAAAUGUUAAUGAUUAACAUUGGUUCCCUGAGUACAGGUGGUCGAGUAUUGGGUAUAAAAGAUGAUUUAGCCAAAAUCCAAUUAAUGAAUCCAGUUUGUACAGAAAUAUCUGAAAAAGUUGCUCUCAGUCGUCGCAUUGACAAAAGUUUCCGUUUGAUUGGCUGGGGUGAGAUCCGACGAGGAACGGUGAUUAAAUCACAAUAG